UGGGGAGAAAACCGGCCUGUAUCCCGGAGCCUUAAGGGCUCGGGUGUUUCGCGGGGCCGGUCUUCUGCGGGGUGAAGCCCACGUGCUUUUGUCCUCGUUUUCAGCCAUCACUGCUUACUGCGAGCUUCCUGCACGCCAGGCAGGCACUCAGCUGCUGCUUUACUACACGUUGCCCAGAGUAGGAGCGAACAAGUUGGGGCCGAAGAGUCCUAUCUCCAGCCCUCCGCCGGGUCCGCGUUCAGUGAGUGGAUGUUGUAGGGGCUGCUGUGCUUGUUGAAAACUCAUCCGCGCUGAGUCCUUACCGCCAGCCCAGCACUGAGAGGUUCUCUUAAAUGUUUUUUUGGAGCCUUAAGAAUGGAGAUGACAGAAGUGACUGGUGUGUCGCUGAAACGUGGGUCUCAUGCUGUCGAAGAUAAUGACUGUGUGGCCUCAGCUGAGGAGGCAAAGAGACAGAAGGUCUUGGAUGGGAAUCUGACCACAGGUCAGGAUGGGCUGGAGCACGACUCUCCUCCCGGCCGUGUAGACGUGCCUGGACCGCCCACAGCUGUAAGUGCCAAAGAAGGUAGAAAGAAUUCUGAUGUGCAGGUGGAGGAAGAGGAGGAGGAGGAAGAAGAUGGCCUUUCGGAGGAGGGUGAGGAGGAGGAGGAAGCUGAGAGUUUUGCAGACAUGAUGAAGCACGGCCUCACUGAACUUGAUGUUGGCAUCACCAAGUUUGUAAGUUCUCAUCAGGGAUUUUCAGGCAUCUUGAAAGAAAGGUACUCCGACUUCGUUGUUCAUGAAAUAGGAAAAGAUGGACAGAUCAGCCAUUUGGAUGACUUGUCCGUCCCAGUGGAUGAGGAGGAUCCUUCAGAAGAUGUAUUUACGGUUUUGACAGCUGAAGAAAAGCAGCGUUUAGAAGAACUCCAGCUUUUUAAAAAUAAGGAAACCAGUGUUGCCAUCGAGGUUAUUGAGGACACCAAAGAAAAAAGAACCGUCAUCCAUCAAGCGAUUAAAUCUCUGUUUCCAGGAUUAGAGACAAAAACGGAGGACAGAGAGGGGAAGAAAUAUAUUGUAGCCUACCAUGCAGCUGGGAAAAAGGCUCUGGCAAAUCCAAGAAAACAUUCUUGGCCAAAAUCUAGGGGAAGUUACUGCCACUUUGUACUGUACAAGGAAAACAAAGACACCAUGGAUGCUAUUAAUGUGCUGUCCAAAUACUUACGAGUCAAACCAAACAUAUUCUCCUACAUGGGAACCAAAGAUAAAAGGGCCAUAACCGUUCAAGAGAUUGCUGUUCUCAAAAUAACCGCUCAAAGACUUGCCCACUUGAACAAGUGCUUGAUGAACUUUAAGCUGGGGAAUUUCAGCUAUCAGAAAAACCCUCUGAAACUGGGAGAGCUUCAAGGGAAUCACUUCACAGUUGUCCUCAGAAAUAUAACAGGAACUGAUGACCAAGUUCAGCAAGCUAUGAACUCUCUCAAGGAGAUCGGAUUUAUUAACUACUAUGGGAUGCAAAGAUUUGGAACUACCGCUGUCCCCACAUAUCAGGUUGGAAGAGCUAUCCUGCAGAAUUCCUGGACUGAAGUCAUGGAUUUAAUAUUGAAACCCCGUUCUGGAGCUGAAAAGGGCUACUUGGUUAAGUGCAGAGAAGAGUGGGCGAAGACCAAAGACCCAGCCGCUGCCCUCAGAAAACUUCCUGUCAAAAGGUGUGUGGAAGGGCAGCUGCUUCGAGGACUUUCAAAAUAUGGAAUGAAGAAUAUAGUCUCUGCGUUUGGCAUAAUACCAAGAAAUAAUCGCCUGAUGUAUAUUCAUAGCUAUCAAAGCUAUGUGUGGAAUAACAUGGUAAGCAAGAGAAUAGAAGAGUAUGGACUGAAGCCUGUUCCAGGAGACCUUGUUCUCAAAGGAGCAACAGCUACCUACAUCGAUGAAGAAGAUGUUAAUAAUUACUCCAUCCAUGAUGUGGUAAUGCCCUUGCCAGGUUUUGAUGUUAUCUACCCAAAGCAUAAAAUCAGCGAAGCCUACAGGGAAAUGCUCACAGCAGACAAUCUGGAUAUUGACAACAUGAGACACAAAAUUCGAGAUUAUUCCUUAUCAGGGGCCUACCGAAAGAUCAUUAUUCGUCCUCAGAAUGUCAGUUGGGAAGUCGUUGCAUACGAUGAUCCUAAAAUCCCACUCUUCAACACAGAUGUGGACAACCUGGAAGGGAAACCACCACCAGUGUUUCCUUCUGAAGGCAAAUACAGAGCUCUGAAGAUGGAUUUUUCUCUCCCUCCCUCUACCUACGCUACCAUGGCCAUUCGCGAAGUGCUAAAAAUGGAUACCAGCAUCAAGAACCAGACCCAGCUGAAUACCACCUGGCUCCGCUGAGUCCUUCUCCCCCAGGGUUAGAAGAUGCGCACGAGUGUUCGCCGGCUCCCUGUUCCUUUUUCUCUUAGUACAGACCCAUAGGUGUACGUUAGAUCUUUGUAGUUAAAGAUUAUUUGUAUUUUUUCAGGUUUUUAUUAGCUUAAUUUGCAGUAUUUGUACACAUAUACAAAUCCUGAGGAUCCUAAUUCUAGCUCAGAGGAUAUAAAUUGAUCAGAAUAUAUUUCAGGUGCUUAAAUCAUAGUAAAAUGUCAGCUUUCCUGGCUUUAUAAUAAUUUUAAAAGGACUUUGGUUUAAAGUUGCAGUUUUAGGUUUUUGCUACAUUCUUAAUGGAAAUGAACUUUUAAUGUAUCCAUGAAUGGAGUACUCAGUGAUGCAUUUUAAGAGAAAAGGCAACAAAUCUUGAGUAGCACCCCCCACCCACCUAUUACUACAAGUACAGUACUCGUGCUUAUUGAAAUGAUGAUAAAACAUCGCCAUGUCUAUAGACGCACACGUGACUGUGUCAUCAUCUCACUCCUGCACCAGGUUGAGGCAAGUGGUGAGAGACCUUUCAGUUGCUAUAGCUUUGCGUUUAUUUUCUCAUCGCCUUGCGGAAGGUUGGGUUGAUAGGGCUUUUUUUUCCUCAAGGUAAACACAUGCAGCUAUUUUUAUUAGUCAAGGUCUGAUUUUUACUCUAGGUGCCUUUUAUGUUCAGAACUCCUUACACUGGACUGGUUAUUUGCCCCAAAAUGAGUGACAGCAGAGAAGAAAACUUUAAACCUUCACAAGGGCUCCUCCAAUCAGCAGCAUCGGCCUCUGUCACCUGCCGCGUAGGUGUUUACGUUUCUGGCAUUGUGUGAGACUUGUCUCUGGCAUGAGAGGGUACACGGGCCUUGCCAAGGGUGUGUGUGACAUCAGUACACUGAUUUUUAUUUUCUACCAUUUCUAGAACAAAAUAUAAUAAAUAUUUUUUAAAACUC